AAUUUCGAGAUAGUACAUCGCGGAGUGAAGUCUGAGAUUCGUCAUCAUGGCGCGUUACGGAUUUGCUUUAGAUUUUGAGGUGUCGUAUGAGGAAAUAAUUGAGUUUGGUGCAGUGUACUUUGAAAUCGCAACGGGCAGGAUGUUGGAGGAAUUUCAUCGUUUUGUACGACCCGCUGAAAACCGAACUAUACAUCCCUAUGUGGCAAGGAUGACCGGUAUAACCCAGGCUCAAGUGGAUGGUGGAAUUUCCUUUGCAGGUGCACUAAACCAAUUGAAGGGUUGGAUUCAAUCACGGGACAACUGUAUCAUAAUCACUUGGAGUGACAAUGACCUGGGAGUGAUUUUGAAAAGGGAAUGUGGAAGUAAGCACGUGCCCUUUCCAGGGUGCUUGACGAAGUGGUGCGAUCUACAGCAGGUUGUGGCCAAGAAAUAUAAUCGUACGAUGACCUUGGAGGAUGCCCUGCAGACCUUCGAUCUCCCGCGGUAUGGGAAUGCUCAUUCAGCACUUCCUGAUGCUAAAGCCUUAGUAGGUAUAUCUCAAAAGUUCAGGAGUGACAUUUCCAUUACCAGUUGUAUCUAAUUUGUGAAGAAAAUAAAAGUGUAAAUCGCA